AUGAAAACAGCUGUGGACAAAAUGCAAAAUGAGGUUGACCUGAUCGGUGAUGGUUCACAGAUUCAUAGUCUCCCAACCAUACGAGGCAGACACAAGGAUCUCAAAUCUGUGUCUCCACACACAGUCAGUCAACUUCUUGCUGGAAAAUAUGAUGACGUCAUUUCCGGUUACCAAAUCAUCGACUGUCGUUACCCCUAUGAAUAUGAAGGCGGACAUAUUGAGGGUGCCCAGAACCUUCACAACGAGGCUCUGAUCACAGAUUUAGUGACCAAUCUACGGGCGAGGGACUCCAUUCAACGGAACAUCCUGGUCUUCCACUGUGAAUUUUCAUCAGAGAGAGGCCCGAAACUAUUGCGCCAUCUUAGAAACCUUGACCGGAAGAUGAACAGUGACCGUUACCCUUUCCUCUUCUACCCGGAAGUAUACCUGUUAGAUGGCGGAUACAAGGCCUUCUAUGAACAACAUCAGACUCAGUGUCAACCAAGAAGCUAUGUUCCCAUGCUACACCAGGAUUACUCCAAACAACUACGUCACUUCCGGGUGAAGUCCAAGUCGUGGACAGCAGGAGAGAAACAGAACAUGCGCAGUCGAAGUCUCAUAAUAGACACGUCUCCGCUCAAGAUGCCUCUUUGGUAA